CACCCUUCAGAUGUUUUAUUAACAUAGUUCACUAGAUAUCAUGUUCUGAUAAGAGGGUCGGGAUGAACUGCCUUGCGCUUUCAAUAGACCACCACACCCCGCUCUAACAUUAAUAUUGGAACCUCCAUGACCGUCAUAUACACCAUUGGGCUGGUGAGUCCACAUUCCUCGCGAUUCAGAUCAAGCUUGCUCACCAUCUCAAAAAAGGCACCGUCCCCACCCACCUUGCUGAAAGACAAAAUAAUCUGCAUGUGGGACAGAGGUGAUGGACUGCGCUGCCGCGACGUCCUCAAAGGCGACGCGCUAUCCUUGCACCUCCGCAGUGUUCAUGGAUGCCGGGGGGCAGAAGACACCGCCCUGACAUGCUGGUGGGAUGGCUGCGCACAACAUAUGAAGAAAGGCGUCGUUGUCAGACACAUCCAAGAUGUGCAUCUCGGCGUAACAUAUCCCUGCCGGCGAUGCGGUGUGACGUUUGGAGGUAAAAGUAGCUUUGAGCUGCAUUUGCUAGGUUGCUCAGUCCCGAAGAAAGGAGGUGGUCCUAUCUGAAAGCUUAAUCGUUUACUGAAAUGAGUUUGCAAGUCUUGCAUACAGCAAAUCCAGAGUAAUAUUAAUGUCAACUUGUUGAUGUGUCGUAAGAUUAUUCGGCUUGUCCAGCCACUCUAUCUAAGUUAUACGCGCUGUCGCGCGGAGCUUUCGAAUGACUGAUGACGUCUUAGUCCAUCUUCUAGGACGGCGAAAUUCCCUA